GGAGAGAGAUAGAGAGAAUACAAGUGGAAAAACAUGUCUUAAAAAGGAAAGUGGAGCAAACAAUUAGGGAAAGAGGGAGUCUUACCGAAUUACUCGUACUAAUCACUCAGGAUUCGUUUGGCAGUUUUUAGUUUUUUUAUUUUUUACCCCCAAAACAAAACAAAACAGUAUUUGGUAAAAUAGCUUAAAAAAAACAACUUUUCAGCUAUUUUGUAAAAAUUACAACAAUAAACCUAAAACACCUCAAAGCAGUUUUAGAGGUUUUGUUUUUUUUCCCCUAUCAAAGCGUCGUAGUACUCCGUAUCUCCUUCACAUAGUAUCUCAUCUUUCUUCCUCAAACCUUAAUUCUCAAGAUUCAAGGAGCAAGCAAUUACAGAUGUCAAAUUUGGAAAAUGAUGAGUGCGAAGAUGAAGUUGUUGUUGAGAUUGAAUCUACUGGAGUAGUUGGAGUAUGGAAUCAAAAUAUUGAAUCUUACCUUAUAAGCUUGAUAGAGGAGGAGGUAAAAAAAAGGAAAUAGACCAACAACCACUCUAACCAAGCAAGCUUGGAGGUUUAUCAAGCAAAAACUAAAGGAGAAGACAAAAAAGGAUUAUAGUCGAGAGCAAGUUAAGAACAAAUAUAAUCAACUAAGACAAAGAUGGAAGGAAUUUAGUAUACUAUUACAAGAAACUGGAAUGGGAUACAAUGCUAUGACUUUUCAAUUUUGUGCUGAGGGUGCUGUAUGAAAAAAGUUGUAUGAGAAACAUAAGUCUGCCAAAACUUUUAGAAAGAAGGGAUGUAAGCAUUAUGAUAAAUUAUGCACAAUUUAUGGGGAUACAACCGCUACUGGUGCUAGUUCACAUCCUUCUACUAAAAGCCCUUCUGAGAGUGAGGAUGAAGAUGACACAGAUGGAGAAGGGGGUGACUCAAGAAAACAAUGUGAAGAGGGUCCUAAAAACAAAAAAAAUCAAGCCGAAUGUCAAUCGUAAGAAACUUAGGGAAAGUGUUAAUGUAGCAAUGGCGGAUGCCUUGGUUACAAUGAGUGAAAAUUCCAAGAAAAAACUUGAACUUAUCGAGAGAAAAUUUAAUGGCAAUGAUGAAGGUGGGCAUCAGUCCAAGGAGGAUCAUGAUUUGCUCAUGGAAUGUGUAGAUGCACUAAGUGCUCUUGAGGGAAUUGAUGGAGCUGCAUUUGCAAAGGCAACUAAACUAAUACAUGAUGAUCCAUUGUGGAGGAAAAUGUUUCUUAGAUUUCCAAAUGAUAGGAAGAUAGAUUUUGUGCUCAACCUUUAAGCAUUAUCUCAUUAGUACAAAUUAUUUUUCCCUUCAAUAAUGCAUGUUUGAGUGUUUAAACUCAAUUUAGAUCUUGUCGUAAGUAUGAUUUUUUUUUUUUUUUUGGAAUUUGUAUUUGGGUUUGAUUUAAUAAGAGUAAUAAUGGUGAUCUUAUUCUA